UUUCUUUUACACGGGAGGGAAUUGCAAUUUAUUGACCAGAAUUUUGCAACUUUUUAUAUAGUCCAGAUUUGCACACGCCCACCCACACAGACACAAUGAUGAAGCAACACCCAACGAGCAAGAGGAAAAAAUCAUCAGAGCUGCAGUUGCCCUGCGGCUGGCGCGAUUGCAAAGUGAUUUGCGAUGGUGAAUGGCUGCUCAAUGGCCACAUUGCCGAGCAUCUGGAGAAGCACCAGCAGCAGCAACAGCAGCAGGAGUCGCAGGGCCCGGACAAGUGUGUCUGCGUGUGGAACGAUUGCAACUUUCAAACAAAUUGCCGCGAAGAAUUCGAACGGCACAGUUACUAUCAUGGCUAUUACAUUAACCUGCUGCUCCAGGGCAAGCACGAGUGCGAGCUCCAUCCCGAAAUACCUGCCUGCUAUGCACUGCCACGCAAAGGCGACAAGCUGCCCGAGCUGAAACAGAAUUUCCAUUGCGGCUGGAGUGACUGCAAGCGCUCGUUCAUUUCCAUAGUCGAGUUCCAGGAUCACAUCGUGCAGCACGCCUCCUUCGAAUAUGAGAUACAAAAGUCGCCAGACGACGAGCGACCCAAGACCCAGUGCAACUGGACGCUGUGCAACAAGCAGCUGGAGAACAAGUAUCGCCUCAUCGAGCACAUCAGCACGCACUCGAACAAAAAGCAUGUUGCCUGCUAUCAUUGCGGCGAGCUGUUCAGGACGAAGACAACGCUGUUCGAUCAUCUCCGCCGGCAGCCGGACAAUAACACACACAAAUUUCAAUGUGCGCAGUGCUUUAAAUUCUUUGCCACGGAGAAGCUGCUGCGCGGUCAUGUCGUGCGGCACGUGAACUGCUACAAGUGCACCAUGUGCGACAUGACCUGCAGCUCGGCCAGCUCGUUGACUACGCACGUACGCUAUCGCCAUCUGAAGGACAAGCCGUACAAGUGCACGGAAUGCGACACACGCUGUGUCCGCGAAUCGGAUCUGGCUAAGCACGUACAGAUUGUCCACUCCAAAAUGGUGCAUCAGUGCGAUCAUCCCGGCUGUCAGUACUCCGUGCGCACCUACACGCAGAUGAGACGACACUUUCUGGAGGUGCACGGCAACAAUCCGAUCUUCUAUGCCUGCCAUUGCUGUGAGCGCUACUUUAAGACGGGCAAAUCCUUGUCCGUUCAUCUGAUUAAGAAGCACGGCUUUCGUUUGCCGUCGGGCCACAAACGCUUCUCCUAUCGUGUGGAUGAGAACGGUUUCUAUCGGCUAGAGAUGACGCGCAUUGAGAGCCUGGAGGUUACGCAGCAGAUCUUAGCGCCACAUAUCAAAGAGGAGCCGGAUCUGGCCGACAGCUGCUAUGAGAUUGUGAAUCCAAUUGGUGUUGACUACGAACGCAUUAUCGUUUCCAACGAUGCCAACGAGGCGCAGCUGGUGGGCGAGGUGACCAUCUCGCUGCCCAGCCUAAACGACGAAGACUUCUGAAUGCAG